GCUUUUGUCUUGAUCUUUGGAUUUUUUCCAAUGGGGUUUAUCAAAACGACUAAUAAAAAAAUCGAAAUAAAAAACAAACAAACUCAAAGCUUAUGCAACACAGACAGUUCAAUCGUUGCUAUUGAACCUUAUCGUUUUUGGGAUUUUUUUUUACUACUGGGAGAUGAUUUUUUUUGUAUUGUGUCAAGUAGUUUUACGUGACAAAAUGGCCGUCUGAAAUGGUGUAUCGAUUUUUUUUCGAUUGUUCGCUAUUCUGAUCGCUUCCAUUGGAUUAUAAUAUUUACUGUCGUACGUCACCCGUGGAAAUGGAUAUAAUUCUUAAACCCGAAAAAAUAUUUAAAAAAAAAAACAAUGUGCAGUCGAUGGAACACACACAUUUUUGUUUUGCAUUACAUUUCAUGGAUUACUGUUUUGGAGCUGCUUUUUUGUUCUUUCGUUCUGCAUUCAAUGAUUAAUUGCAUGGAAAGGAAAUACCACAGUUGAUAUGAACGAACGCGACUGAACUGAUGGUGCUUUUCUAGUUUCUGCGAAAAAUGAUAAAAACUAGAUUGAGAUUUGGACUCACUUUAACCAAAUGUGGACUUGUGCAUAAUUCACAUGAGAAUGUGACGCAUUCCCUUGGAUUUUAUAUUUCUUUGAUAACAGCGUUCUUAUCAUUGAAUAUGUUUUUUUUUCUUUUUGUUGGAAAUUCAUUGCCUUUUUUUUCAUCGAGCUUAGCGGAUUGGCCACCAGAUUGGGCUACGCAACAAAAACACAUUCGUUAUCUUUGUAUCAAACACAUUCACUUAUCGCAUAUACAAUUUCAAUAACAAUGAAGUUGGUUCGAUCAAAUUGUUUUCCAUCCGAAAUGAGAUGUCAAACAAAUCUAAAGCGAUUUGACACCCAGUGGAUAGCGAAUCUGGUUCACAUGCUGCUCAUUUGUUUUUAGAUUUCUGUACUUUGUAUUUAACAAACAUACAAAUUCAAUCGAAAGAAAAACAAUGGUCAUUUGUACAUACUUUUUGAGUAAUACGUGCCGUUUUGGCGCCAAAUGCCACAACGAACACGUGAACGUCAAGUUGACCCUGAAAACUGAUGCAGAGAGUACGCUCAAAGGAAACCAAUGGCCACUUUCAAGCUAUGGACCGUUUCGAGAUAAACCAUGCAUACCCAAUUUUAUCGAGGAUCAGUCGUUCGAAGAAGUUAGGCAUUUGUGCUAUGAAGCCAAGGCGACGGGUAACGUUCAGAUGGUGACGAACCAAUUCACGCAAUCAAUUUUAGACGCCAAUAAUAAACUAAACAUGUUGGUAAAUCCGGCGGAUGAGGUUGUUGCAAUGGUGACAAACCUUUACAACAGUAACUGUACAAAUACACCCGCUACAGCGCAGGCACCAAAUGCGAAUCCAUUUGGAAUGGGUUCGAAUACAAUGAAUUCAAUGAAUUCCGGUGGCAGUUUCUUUGGAGGUGGCAACAACGCAGCCCAAUCGAAUAGCCUAUUUGGGUCAUCUUCAUCGGCAGCGAGUUCGAAUCCAUUUGCCCGGAAUGCAGCUGGCUUUGGAGGUGCUCAAAAUCAAAAUACGAAUUUGUUUGGUGGUUCAGCAGCUACCUCGAAUAAUAUGAAUCUCUUCGGUGGAGGCGGUGGAGCCAGUGGAGUAAGCACAGCUACGACAGGCAAUAGUUUAUUCGGUGGCUCAUCAUUUUCAAAUACAAACAAUGCGUCAGCCUUUGGCAGCACCACCCAGCCGAAUUCAUUAUUUGGUGGUGGCUCAACGUCUGGCCCGUUUAGUCAGCAAAACACCAAUGCUUCACCGUUUGCAAUGCCCCAGUCGACAAAUCAAUCGUCCGGUUUAUUCGGUGCUCAAGCACAAUCGAAUCCUGUAUUCGGCGGAAGUGCAUCCUUUGGCAUCCAAGGAAAAACCGGAUUAUUCGGUCAAGCCAGUGCUAGUCUUGGUCAAGCAAAUACGGGAAAUAUCUUCGGUCAAAGCGUUCAAGCCCCUGCAUUUGGUGCGCCACAACCGCAGCAACAAACAAACCUUUUCGGCAAUGCAAAUCAAAAUCAACCGCAGUCACUGUUUGUCGGACAACAAAAAACUAUGCAAGCCGCGGACAAUCCAUUUGCCGCAGUUGCACAGUCAUCCAAUACGAAUAUUUUCGGACAAUCGCAAAUGCAACAGCAACAACCUUCACCGUUCCAAAACUCCGCUAGUGUUUUCGGCGGGAACCAAAACACAAACAAUUUCGGUGGAAAUGCAAGCAUGGUAUUUAGUGGUGCAGCUCAAGCGGUUCCCCAUCAAAAUCCUCUCCUGCCCACUCCAACACAACCACCAUCACUGCAGCAGCAACAACAGAACAUCUUCGGGGCAAAUUCCUUCUCGGCUCAACCCACAGCACCUGCACAGACUCCAUUCGGCGGUGCUGGUGGAAAUGCUUUCCAAAGUGCACAACCACAACAACAACCACCCAUUCAACCGUUGUUCGGUGCACCAGCACAACAGCAACAGAAUAUAUUUGGUGCUGUUGGUGCGACUGCUCAACAGCCCGCGCAACAAUCAAAAACCCUAUACACACCCAUGGACUCACUGAGUCAAGAGGAAAUUGAAGCAUUCAACAGUAACACAUUUGACAUCUCAAAAAUACCCACCAAACCGCCGCCAAUGGAACUUUGCAUCUAAAUCAACAAUCAAUAGACUCUAGAAUUCAAUCUUAAGUUGCUUUUAAUUUAUAUUGUACAAAUUAUCCCAAAAUAAAUCGGCCAUUUAUAAGAAGA